CAAGGCCUUGACCUAUUAUGCUUGCGGAGUCCUCUUACCGCUUUGAGUGUGAAGAUGUUCGAUCGAUUUGACUAGGAAGCGAGUCCUCCCAGAAGGCCAGAGCGUAAAACAAAUCGUGUGUCAGAUUUGCAACAUUAUGCACCCCUCCCCAAGGUAAUCAAGGGAAGAUGAUUAAUUAGGCUUUACCUUUUUCCUUUGUGAACAAGGACCUGAUACUCAUUAUCAUACUGUGCCCGAAGUUUUCGUGAUUCUUUCAAUUUGUUCUCAUUUUUUUGGCAUUUGCAUUUCUAUUGUUGAAACCGUCGUUAGUCAUCGACAAUACUCGUACACAUAGUACCAUUAUGAAAAUCACUUGAAGGGCCGAGGAGCCAAUGUUCAGAAAAUCUCCUUGAAGGCUGAUUCAUUACAUUCAUUUGUAGCGACCGGUGUCGCGUUUACUAUAUUACAAUAUGUCGACGAGUGCGAACCUGCCGGCAGGAUUUUCAAUCACCUCAAUCAAUGGAGUAAGAUGUACUGCUGUCCCAAAGUCGGCCACGACAGUAUCAUCAGUAGUUACCUCUGCAAUUCCUGUUUCUUCCAUUUCUACAUCUACCUCUUCUUCAUCCACUUCAACACCUAUUUCAACAUCUAUCUCCUCGACUUCAACUUCAACAAUACCGGCUACAACAACACCGACUUCAACAACGCCGAUACCGACACCGACAUCAACAUCAACAUCGACUUUGGAAAGUGCCAUCCCAUCUCCGGAGUCCACCUCAACACCGGUUAUUGUAGUUCCAGCAGCGCUGAGUGCACCGGUGAGCGCACCAGCGAGUACACCGGCGGCUAUUGCUGUGGGGGGACCACUGAUACAAUCCUCGAGUACGAGUACGAGUGGGGUUGAAUCGACAACAAGCCAACUAGUUGAACUACCUCCAGCACCGCCCCCACCUCCUCCACCACCCCCAGUAGCUAUUACCUCAAGUGUAUCCCAAACUCAAAUAACGUUGACAAGUAUCAGCACAACAACUUCUGCUACUCCGGCAUCUAAAGGCACGACCCCAACUGAGUCAUCAAGUACGUCGUUAGUGAUUGCUCCAAGUGAACCCAGCACUACAGCCUCUUCUGCACAUGAUCCCGCUACCCACGAUCCUAAUGUCGGUCAUGCAACUUCUGCAGCGAGUGUCAUCGCGUCAUCGACACGAUCAACACCGACGGCUGAAUCAUCAGCCGCCGGUGGGAUUUCCUCAUUUGGUCACCUAAUGACCGCACCAGUGAUUGGUGGGAUUUUGGGCGGGAUCGGAUUCCUUGCAUUGAUAGGAUUGGUCAUAUUUUUCUGUAGGAGAAGACGGAAGUCAAAGAAAAAUUCAUCGCUCAGACCUCUGAACACUGGAACUCGGGACCAAUUUUAUGAUAUCGAUAAGAGGGCGCAGGGCCAAUAUUACGAUAUUUAUGAUGACUCCGUAGCAUCCGCAGGUCGUGGUACUCAUUUUAAGGCGCAAAUAGGUGGCGCCGCGACAACUUUUGGUGCAGGUUUAGCUGGAAUACGUUCCACACUUAGGUUUCAUGUCCAACCAGGAAAUAAGCCAACUGUGAACCUCGAUAGGGGCAACUCACAGUUCUUCGAGCCACCAAUUCCCUACCAUAGCAGAAACAAUUCCUUGGCAUCUGUGCAUUCAUUGCACUACGCUGCAAAAGAUCGAGCGGGCGACUUCACAAGCAAGAUUAAAGGUGUAUUCCGAACAGCCCAGAAAGAAGAAAAUGAUCCUUUUGCCAUGGCACGUGGAAUGUCCGAAAAACAGACGAAUUUUAGCCGGCCCCAGGAAUUCGGGAAUUUGAUGGACAUGGAUGAUCGCAAUCUGUUGAUGAAAGCUGAGCGUCGCCGUCUCUCCCUUUCUUCCAACUCUGGUUCUGGACAGAUGCUCGGUAGCCUAGGAUUAGAUUUUGGCAUUCCACAAGAUCCAUUCGCGGACCCUGCUCCAAGGGCGGCGGUCUCGAAUUCGAAUGUCAAUCCCUUUGCGGACCCCAAUACAUGGGAUUCUAUACCUCGACCUGAUCCUGCUAUCCCGAGAACCAACACAUAUAUCAGUGACGUCCGUCGUUCUCGCGGCGAGUCAUUGGACAGUACCACUCGAGGUCAUAAGAACGCGCCAAGUAGUGUGUACGGACCAGCAGCAUAUAGAACCCCAAGCAUCAGUAACGUAUCACGAUAUCCAUCCAGUAUGGCACCCAGCACGGAGAGCUUUCGCGACACGCUAUACUCUACAGCCUCUAAUAUAAAUAAUACAAGGAGAAUGGCUGGCCGAUCUGAUCCUUUUGACCUUGAGCGUCCAGAGCUAUGGUUACCGGUAUUGGCAAACAGCGUUCCCAAAGCAAAUAGUCCCGCGUUACUUGAACGUGGUUCCGAUCUGUAUCCUGAUCCAUUAUUGAUGCCAGAAUCUAAACCGGGCCAGGCACCAGUAAUACCAAUUCAGAGAGUCAUGACCAAUAGCACGAGAGUACCAAGCCAAGGUACUUACGAGAGCAGGUACAGCAGUAGAACGUCAAUGGGUGAUUGGGGAGAUCCAGGGCCAGAUGUAGGCAGUGGACCGAGCAGUUUUGCUGACCAAGGGUUUUAUAACAUGAAUGGAAACAUGAGUCAACAGUGGGAUGCAAGGAGAAACGUGGAUAAUGUUAGUCUGAUGAGUGCUACUAGUAGUAAGGGAGGGGUCGGGAAAGCUCGAUGAUGAAAGAGAUGAGGAUGAAUAUGACUUUCUUUAAUUGGAUGGACCUUGGGAGUGUAAGCAAAAUAUACCAUUGGGGGUCCACGUACCAUUCGUUUAGUAUGGACUGGAACUGGCGUUAAUUUGCAUCAGAAACUACUGUGAACGAUAUAGCGGACGUAGGAUAUGUCAGUCGUGUUUUAUGUUUGGGAAUGUAAGAUAGAAGGACGGGAAAAGGACUUGAGCGUUUGUACAAUAGCAUAUAUGUAUCUCGAUGUGAGGAUGGGCCCCUUCUCGGUUCAGGAGGGGGAAAGAAGGGAAAGGCAUUCACCAACACCCGCUUAUGGAUCAGGAAGAGAAGACUACCAUUUACGAUAUUAUUUAUUUGUAGUUGCCUACCAAUAUAUAGUUGCAUGGAGAUCUUAUGUACAUUUUGGACAUAUU